AAACGAGCAAGCAGCAAAGGCAGAAUUGACCAAAACAAAAUAUAAACAGGAGGCCAAACCCACCUUAGUCGCGCCUCCGUACCCACAGACCUAUUCCAUUUCAUUUGGCGAUUCAUCCCCCAAAUAUUUACACACACAAAGUGUGUGCGCCAAUCACACUUGAUCUACAAUCACAGUCCAAAAGUUAACAGAUCCACAAUUCAAAACCCUAGCUCACCUCCCCAAAUCAUGUGGAGAAGACUUUCUACGCAUCUCCGACCUCUCGCCGUCUCCCGAUCCGCGCCGCGACCUAAUCGCUCCGUCGCGCCCGGCGUUUCCUCCUCUACGCCGUCGUUUCGCCCCGCCGCUUCUAUUGUCUCUCGCUCUUUCACCGCUCCCGCAGGAGAUGGUGUUUCGAGUAAGAGAGUUGAAGAUGUAAUGCCGAUUGCUACUGGUCAUGAGCGUGAGGAGCUUGAAGCUCAGCUUCAAGGACGAGAUAUUUUGGAUAUUAACUUUCCUGAAGGUCCAUUUGGCACAAAGGAAGCACCUGCUGUUGUUAAGUCCUACUAUGAUAAAAGAAUUGUUGGAUGCCCCGGAGUUGAUGGAGAGGAUGAGCACGAUGUUGUUUGGUUCUGGCUAGAGAAAGGCAAGCCACACGAGUGUCCAGUAUGUUCACAGUACUUUGUGCUGGAAGUUGUUGGUCCAGGAGGACCACCAGAUGGUCAUGGCGAUGAUCAUCACUGAUUGCAGCUUCCAGUUCUACCGCUGGAAUAAAUUCUGGUGAGAUGAGGGUGAUCAGUGUAUUCUGUAGCUUAAGGAUUUAAAAGCUAUGCGAUUUAUUUUCUUUUUGAUGGGCUCUCAUAGUUGUUUUUUUGGCAAGUUUGGGAUAUAAUUUUUCUUUUUGAAUAUGGAUUUAUACGCAAGCCAGUCAUCUUUUGGACUUAUGGAUGCUGUAAUAGUUCCUCAAUGCAUCAUGAAAUAAUAGAUGGCGGAUUAGCUGGUUUUGUUUAUUGAA